CACAGAGAAAGGUGGAGGCAUCUCUCACCGCCACACACUCCUGACUGUCACACACACUUUAACACACACUCAGCUACCGGAUCGGGACGCAGCUGAACGUACCAGGACUAUGGACCUGACACUGCGAGAUGCUAUGGGUGGGGGUGGAGCUGGGGUCCCAGGCGGGGCCCCUGCCGAUGCCUUGCUAAAGAGAGACUUCAUGGCCUCACUGGAGAAAGAGAGCUAUGAUGACAAAGUGGAAGAGACAGUCUCCAAGAGUGACUACCGACCUUUACUGGAUGGAAAGGACACCAAGAGCGGUCCGGGGAUGAUGUCAUCAAUGAUGUCAUCAGGCGGAUACCAAGACCCACCUGGGCAGCCUCCCUUCAGCACUGGAGGCCUGUCUGGCUUCUCUCAAUCUGGGAUGGGAGGGAUGAUGGGGUCCAGCCUGCCACCGUUCCAGACCAGCAUGAGCUCCACUUAUGGCAUGCCUGGGAUCGGUUCAGCUAUGGACAGCCAGAAAGGUUCCGGCCUGUUCGGAGUGGAAAGCAAAACCACCAGUAACACCAGUGGAAGCAGUCCGUUUAAGACCAGUGAUCCAUUUUCUUCUGGCGGUCCAGGAAUCCAAACUAUGGAUUUUUCUGCAGCUCCUGUCACAUCUCCUGGCGGCUUGAUAGAGGAUGACAUCAGUGCCACGUCCUCCAACUCCGAGGAAAGCCCAGAGAGAGCAGGGCUGGGGGACGAGGAUGGCAAGCAGCAGCAGAGACGGCGCAAGAAGAGGAGGAAGGGCCGGGACGAGGUCUACGACUUCCUGGACAGCCAGGAGAAGAACAUCGGCCAAUCAGACAAGCAUGGGAUUCAGGAUAAGGACGGAAAUGAGGCAGAGGAUAAUGAAGAUGAGGAGGAGAACUGGGAGUGGGAGAUCAGAGAGAGUGGAGGAGGGGGCAGGGUAAAAGGCAAGAAGAAUAAGAGUAGGGCAAGACUUCCAGAGGAGUGGGGGGCGCCCCAGCAGCACGUCUCCCCCACACCGGCGACGAUCGCUCCCACCUGGGAUACAGCCGCUCACUCUGGUGCAUCUGACUUCAAACCUCCAAACUUGAACUCCAGCCCUGCUCUGCCCUCAGCCUGUGUUCAAAUACCCACAAAUUUCACAAACCAAUCCCAUGCUAGCCUUCUAACAGAUUCAUCACCACGCUCGUACGAGCCCAUGUGUUUAGACGAUUUCUCUAUGUCUGCAAAAGAUGUGAAAAAGGCAAAUGAACAGAAAGUGUCCACUGGCAAAACUGAAGCUAAUAUUAGCACAGCAACUAGUGCAAUAAGUACCAAGAACAGUUUGGCUGGGGAUGCUAGCCGUAGUCUAGCUUUAAUGACAGGGGAGAACCUGAGCCCAGUUUCGCAGACCUUCUCUUUCCUCGAUUCAGUCCUCCAGACCCCUCAAGCCUCAACACCUGAAUCACAAACUACCACCCCCAUCACCAACACUCCCGCCCCUGCCUCGGACCCCCUGACAAAGUCUGCCCCAAAAGUCACUUCUGUCCCUGCCUCAGUAGCUUUCUCCUCUUCCAACAGCCUCACAGUCCUUACUCCAGCACCCACUGUCCCAGCUGGAGUCGCAUCGUCGCUCAACGUUGACGCCAAACCUUUUGUCCCAGGUGCCCCCUCUGCCACAACCCUUACUUCAGCUCUACCCGCGUCCGGCCCUCCUACUUCAUCACCAGACACUCUCCCCACAAGCGUAGCCUCACGUCCUUGCUCGGCCUCACUCCCUCCCCCCUUCACCCCCGCAGCCCCUCCCUUUCUCCCUGCACACUCAGAGCACGAGGAGUCCUCAUCGCCACAGCUCCCCCCACUGGAAGUGAAAUCUGACAACAAGGACAAGCAGCCGAAGAUGGACAUCAUGUCUACGAAGACAGAGAAGACUGAAGCUUUCGACAAGAAAGAGAAAGAGGAGCAGCAAAAGAAAGACAAUGUGCCGGACAAGAACCAGAAGUCAGAGAAGAUUCUCAAAGACGAGGAAAAAGCAGAGAAGAUGAAUGUGGAGAAGAACAAGGCUAACGAGAAGGCAGAGAAGGUGGACAAGCCAGAGAAAACCAAUAAAGACGGGAAGAAGGAAGAGGAAAAGAAGCUAGCUGAGAAGAAGGAGGAGAAGGGAGGGAAGGGCACAGCUAAGUCCCCAAAUAGCAACGGCAGCAAGACCCUGCCAAGCUCAGACAGCAAGAGCAAGCCUGACAUUGGUGCAACCAAACCAAAUGCCACCAAACCCCGUCCAUCCACCCUCUCCACCAAUGGCGAGGCCACCUCGACCAAACACCCGUCCCACACCCCAGCUUCAGUUAAUAAAAAAAGCCCUGUAACCAAGGCGACCACACCUAAUGCUGCCAAGCGGCCGCCUACUUCUGCCAAGACUCCGGACAAUGGUACUGCUGAGAAACGCCCACCUGUUCCAAAGGCCACGACCACCCCACGUGCAGCUGCCAAUAAGAAUGGCUCCUCUGCGACCCCUGCAAGCAAAGCUGCUGUCAACAAGAAUGAAAAGGCUGAGAGCAAGACGGGAGAGGCCAAGAAACCCAAGACUACAGCCCGUCCUCGCCCUGCCUCCAACACCACUCCUGCUACUCCGGCUGCCUCCAUCAACGGUGACAACGCCUCGCACCGCCGCCGGGUCCUCACCAAACCCCCUGUGCCCAAGCAGGUCCCAAUGGAGAAGAAGCCGCCAGUGCCCCGUGCUAAUCGAACCCCUCGGCCUCUCAAUGCACCGGACCUGAAGAACGUCCGCUCCAAGAUUGGAUCCAUCGACAACAUCAAGUACCAGCCCGGUGGAGGAAGGGUCUCCUCCACCCAGAACAACAAGACAUCAGACCCCUGCACCCCUGUUGCCAAGGCCAGAGUUCAGAUAGUGCACAAAAAGUUGGACUUCAGCCAUGUCACGUCUCGCUGUGGCUCCAAGGACAAUAUCAAACAUGUCCCUGGAGGUGGCAAUGUACAGAUCCUGAGUAAGAAGGUUGAUGUGAGCAAGGUGACCUCCAAAUUAGGCUCUAAGGACAACAUCAAAUACAAGCCAGGUGGUGGUGAUGUGAAGAUUGAGGCCCAUAAGCCAAACAUUAAGGCUAAGUCUAAGAUUGGAUCUCUGGAUAACGUUGGGCCCGGCAAUGGACAGACUAACGGACACAAGGAGGAGAAAGCAGAGGAGAAGACAUCUUCCCCCCCAAGUGGCGCUCCAGCAACAGGACCAGCGGGCGUUGCCAAGGUAACAGCACCUGGAGGUGUUGCCAAGGAGAAUGGGGCGAAGGAGCCAACACCUUCUCCUUUUGGGGGAGAUGGACUGAGGGAGCCCCUUGCCAUGGACAAGCGUAUCACUGAGACAAAUUGAGUCCCAGUGACCUGUAGAGUUUGGUGGGACACGCAUGGCCCUCGCUGACCUGCCAAUCAACAGACCAACCAACCUACCACAGCGCAGUCACUUCCCUGUCGCCCCGCCCUUCAUCUCGUCCACCACAGCACCAAACUGAACGAUCGCUUCUCAGUGUUUUUCUGGGGUCUGCUUGCCAGCCUCCCGCUACCAACCCUGACCACUGACCUCUUGACAUCCUCGGGGUGACCUUUGGCCUCACCUGUAACAGAGUACAGCAUUUGCUGUUUGUCUGUGUUUUUGCGUGUGGGAUUCCACCAGCUUCUCCACUCAUAAAACUCCCUGUAAGCACUUAGAUGACCUCAACCCCUAAAGCCCCCCCCCCCCCAACGCAAUAAAACCACUUUCAUAGCCAAUGCUGUAUUAACUUUAUUGAGUAUAGCCAGGUUUUUCAUAGGAUAUUUCCAUUUAUGAGUCUAAUUCUUGUUUAAACACUUGUACUGGUGGCCCAAACACCCUCACAACAGAGUAUUGAGGCUUCACUCUGCUCCAGCUUUCACAAUUCAAAACCACUUUUAUCUUUCAAUGUCCCCAGUCCUCAUCCAUUUAGCCCUAGAUCACACUAACCAGCUGAGGGCUUGCUAGCAGCCAGCAACAGGACAAAGACUGUCAAGUCUGCUUUAAAUCAACACAUUCCAGCCUCCCAGGCAGCCAGCAAUUAUUUCCAAAUCUAUAUUAUCUACAGCUCUGCACGAUGUCUGAUUAUUGAUCAUUCAGAUUUUCUCUGACAUUACUUCUCUUGGUAUCAUUGCACCAGUCUAUCUCUUAAGAGUUUAGUAUAAGAGUAGAUUAAAGUAGAUACGGAAAUUGAUAUGAAGAAGGUCGGUGCAGAAGGUUUUAGGACGUCAGAUAAUUCAUGUUGUGUUUCAAAAAAAGCAUUCAUUGGCAGUACGAGGCACUUUAAAAGCUACAAUAAGGUGAAUGAGUUUGUGAUAGUCAUCAAGGAAGGUGGGCGUAAAGUUAUAUGGGGAUCUCCUGUGCUUCUGGGUAGCCUUGGCUUGAAGGGGAUUUGGCACUACACACAGUUAUUUGAUACUGGAGCCAAAUAUUUUUCUAAGUUAAGAUAAGUUUGACCUUGAAGGAGUGAACCCUGAUUCAAGCUGAGGGAGUAAUACUGAACAAGAGCAGCUAACAGUUGGUUAUUAGUGUUAGAUCUUGCAAGCUGCUUCACCCUUAAUUGAGGUAAUGUGAUCGAUAGCAUUGAUGCACAGUGUAUUGUAUGUAGCACUUUUCUUGUUGUAGACAUUGUGAACCACUUCGCUGCAAGCUGCAGUUUGAAGUCCAGAAGAUACCACAACUUAAAGUGGUGAGAUGUUUUGGCAAAAUAACUUAACUUCAGCGGAUAAUCAGUAGUUUGUCUGUGGGCAAAGAAAAAUCAUGUAAAUGUUAUAUACUGAGUUUUACUUCAACCGGUGAAUUCAAAAUUAUAAGUUUUCAAAAUCUGUUUUUAUUUAAGAAUCCCCUCGCAGAGUAUAAACUGACAUAGGCGAGGUAAUGCUUUGCAGACACUUGCGACGGAGUAGUCCCUGCAUCUCCGAGCCCCUAGAACCAAGCUGUGGAUGGGUUUACAUUUUGCCACUUCCUAGGGUGACAGGGCUUCAAUUCACAAUAUCUUGAAUAUCUGUUAGGCUUAACAGAGAUAGUAUUUGGAUAUGUCAGCACUGCAGUACUCUUCAGUUUGAAUUAAUGAAAGUAUUAAAAAAAGAUUAAAAAAAAGCACCAAAAUAGAAUUGUGUCACUUACAACUCCCCAACUUUGAAUAAGCUCAUACAUGAAUAUGCCACAAACCUAAUGGGCCCUGAAACAUUUAGACUUUUCAGUAUGUCUGCUUCUGCCACAGUACAUGUAACCCUCUGUUCUCCCACACCAUAAUACUUUGAUUCAAGCACUGUCUCUCUGACAGCGCGAAAGAGACCAAACCUCCCUCGUAUACUUCAGUCCCAUUCAUACACCUGAACAGAACUCCCCUAUGAGGGGAGGGACCCCAGCAGUCACCCUGAGCUGUGUCUAGUAUUUAUAGCCCACAUGUGGCUAUGGACAGACAGACAGACGGACUGCACCGUCCUCUUGCGCAUGUGGCACUUCCUGGUCAUUCGGUCUAUCCCAGUGGGAUUAGGUCACAAACACACACACAAAUAAGCACAGAUCCAUCCAUGAAAGCACACACAUGCUUGUUAGUGUGCAAUCACACACACACACACACACACACACACACACACAAAGAUAAAGCAGCAGAUAUACACAUAUACAGUAUGAUACACAAACACAAGGCAGCACCCUAAAAUACAAGCGGUAUACUGCUCAUAAAGACAUCUCUGUUGUAGAAUGAAACCAACUCUUAAUUGUGUUUUGGUGGUCUAUGCUGAUAUUGUUAAAACAAUAAUGAGCUGUGUCGGUGUGUCGUUCCUGCCUAGUCAUUGUCUGACAUAGGCUCACCUCGUGCUGUCUCAUUUAUGUCUAUUUCCUCCUCCAGUGUUCCACUCAAACAUUGCUGAAAGCAAUACAGUGACGUUAGCUGGGAACGCUUCCUGUUACCUGUUCAUACAUAUGAGGGACAGACAGACAGACAAUGACCAGAAGUUGACAGUUUAGAAGAGCAGCGACUUUGCUUGCAGGGAGAGCCGUCAGUUUAAUUAAGGGAAUAAUGUUACAUUCAUGGCAAGUCUGAAAUUAUCUUUGCAACUUUUACGUUAUUUACUUAUUUAUUUAUAAGUUGCUCUGUAGUAUCUAGUUUAUUAUCUAGUUGAACUUACUAAAACCUACUACCAAGCCAAUUUAGGUUACUACUGCACAGCAGUUUCUAGGAACCUGUUUCUCUGCAGCUUUUUAAAAUGCUGUUUUUUUAUACACUAGUCAAGCCUUGUUUGUACUGAUAUGAUAACACUAGAGUUACAAUGGAAAUGUUCAAAAAGAGCUAUUGCAAUUCUUAAAUUAUUCAAGUUCACUGGACAUAGCUCCAAAAUGCCAUGAAUGCAGCAGUAUUUCAGCGAGGCAAGGUAGGGCCUGCAAAUACGGCAGCUGGCACCAUCCACAGGUCUUUCUAAUGAACAAGUCUUUCUCGGGAAAAAGAAAUCCACGUUUUAAAUGAUGAAUAAUUUAACAUAGUCAUAGCACACAAAAUCGAAUCAAUGAUUAACAAGAAAUAAGCUCUAAGUUGUAGGGAAUGUUAUUUUUUGCGGUUUCAACAAUUGAUAAAUGUCUUCAAUGAUCUACCAUGGAGAAAUGGAGGGACUCGCAUUUCUACUAAAACAACACUGUGAUGUGACUUUAAUUUACAGAGCACAAGCGUUGUGAUGUGUCACACCAUUUAUAUAAAUCGAAGAAGCUUCUUUAAGGAGAGGGCCCUGUCUGUUCACUGUAUUUCUAUGCAUUAUGCUCUAUAGGCCAAGAUGGUCUCCACUGAAACUAUGAAGGAUUGGUGACAUGUUUGUGGUGUUUUGCCGUACCUGUCAGAUGUGUGAAGUGUUGCUACUGCAUCCAUCCUGCAGAGAGUGCUGCUUAGCUUCUGGAACACUGAUAGUCUGGCUCUGAGACCUAACAAAGGUUGGCUGAGAAACCUCACAUCACCAUUAAAGGAACUACUGUAGAGUAACACGCUGUUCUCAUUUAAACUAGCUUUGAUGGCCACACUAUAUUAUUGUGUCUGGAAUCGUACAGCUAUCAAAACCAUAUGAGUAAUGUUCCUUUUUUCCCUUACAGCUCUAAAGUCCUGUGCACUUUGAACACUCUCUUGAUACACUGAAGCGAUAUUAAAGUUGCUCAUAUUUAAUAUUGUACUGUUGCUCCAAAUCAUCGUCAUGAGAUGCUUAAAAGUAAAGCAUGACGUGUAUCAUAUGUCAAAAAAAAUGAAUGGAUCUUUCAUCAGGAGAAGAAGAACAUAGGUAUGAACGCUCUUUGAUAAGCGAUAGCGGUGGUCUGUGUGUAUAGAAGUAAGAAGAAGUUCUAGUCUUAGUGUGUGUUGGAAGCUAAGUGAAAAGCAUCAUAUGAUGGAAUGAGUUCAAGUUGGGUGACACAAUUGGGACCCUGUACUGUAUCUUGGUCAGCUUCAUGGGUUUUAGUGGUACUUUGGCUUUUUGUGUUGUGCUGUAGGUAUUGAUGGUUCAACAAUGAAAUCUCCAGUCUGCCAUCACGUUGUCCCUCUUAACAUUGAUAUUGUUUCCAUGAGUUUUGGGGAGCUAUAUGCUACAAGAGGACUGGCAUCAAGGCUGCCUCUGCUACAACAUCGUGAGUGUUAUGGUUGAAUUUCAGUCCUCUAGCAUAUGGUAUGUUAAGUAAUGUUAAAAGGCGAUGAUAGCAACUUGCAGCAACUUCAUUUUAAUGAGUUGCCUUUGAACCUAUGAGGUCUCCUUCCUUGUUACAUUGUGUACACAGGAAGUGAGUGAAGCCAGAUAGACAGCAGGUUUUGGGUGUUGGGGAUGAUAACGAUUGUGAUUCUGUUUUAAAAUGUAUGAAUCUUCUGGCCAAAUUAAAGAAAGAAUCAACAUAUAUCCUACCUCCAAAAUCUGUUGGGCAAUAUUUCAUAGUCUAUGCUAAAGCAGCAACACAUGGAUCUAUCCAAUAGAAGCAAAUGUUUGGUCAAGAAACAUCACUUUAGAUAAGGGAGUUUAACACUGAUUGCACUAAUUAAGUUAGGUAUAAAGGUAAUGAUGCAUCUUUGUAGCUUGGAUAAAAAGGAAAAAAACAGAUUCACUCAGAUAUCCAUUCACAAAAAUUUUAUUCUACAGUUGAAAUGCUGGAAUACCACCUCCCACUAUUAUGUCAAACUGUCCCUUUUGUGUACAGAACAUUCAGAUUCAGACCUAUAAUCGCUACAAUAUUGAAUACCUACAACAUUAUGCCGUAUUAAAUAUAGAUUGAUCAAAUGACAAAUUAAUGUACAUAAUUGUAGCAUAACGGCGUAUCAUAUCAAAAUGUGAAAAUAAAUAACUGAAGGGUUCUGAAUACUUUCUGAAUGCACUGUAGUUACAACCACGUUUUUAGUCACACCAGAAGUAACUCAAAUGAAUGAAAAUCAAACAAAAAAGAAACUUACUUACAGGGAUGUUGACAGAUGAGCUUUAACAUCUGUAAAACUGCUUAUGUUAAGAUUCAUAAUGGUAUUAUCAUAAGAUUGAAAGCAUAAUAAAAGGAAAAAUAUACUUUUUCUUUUUGUCAGUUUGCCUUUUUCCCCGCCAAGAAAAGGGCUGCUGAUGUUUCAAGAAUGUUUAAAAGAAAAUGUAUUAAAAGACGCAAAAUUAUGAAGUCAUGUAUGAGGUAUGUCUGUGUUCUGUUUUGAAGCUACUGUAGGUCACAAAUAGAAACGCUAUUUUCUGGAUUCAAAUCAGUAGGAAGGGAGCCUGUGUGUCAAGUAUGACAAUAACCGUCACAAGAAUCACAGGUUUUCAGAAUUGGUUUGAGAACUUCACUAAAACAGAGGUAAACUUGACUUUGAAUGCUCCAGAUGUCACACCUGACACACACUGGACAGCCCUUUUUUCUGCCCCACCUCCACUUAGACUAACAGUAAAGAGACUUAGUCUUUUCGCAUGUGGUAGAAAGUAAUGGUCUGUGUUAGAUAGCUCCUAUGUAGACACCUUGACAUACCUACCAACUGAGUGAAUUAAGGGAUGUUUGGAACCAAAUGAUCAUUAUAAAAUGUUUUGACUACUUUCUUUCUUAAAAGGGGCAGACAUGAUUUUAAACUUGCUCUGUCUUUUAAAAGAUUAAAAAGACAGUGCUUAUCACUAGAAAUCUAACUGUGACCUAAUACAAAACUGUGUUGGUAGAUAUGUUAUCCAACUGUGUCGGCCACCUACAGGGGCUUCACGGCACUGAAAAGUAGCUCUCUCUGUUUGCAACUUCAAGAUAGACCAGUCAUACCAACUUUCCAACUUAGGAGAGGGACAUUCAAUCUUUGUGUUAAACUGCUUUGUAAUGUCUAACUGUUGUAUUUUGUUUACUUUACUUUUACUUUCAAAUCUGCCAUCAAAAAACUGAGAGGAAUCAGCAAAAACAAUCUACUUUUCAGUCCUGUGGAGUGGAUCCACUGUAGCGUGCUGUAUUAUACUGUAGGGCACAACACCAUAACCAGAGCAUGCAUACAUCAACAAACUGCUGGUUGUCAGAGGGAUUUGUCCUAUUAGAUAGAGCUCAUCUCCCCCUGCAAUUCUGAAUAUUUCGUAUGAAAGAGGUGUUCCCUGUGAUUAAUUGUUAACCUGUGAUGUGAAUAUUAAUCAUGAAAUAAAAAGAUAAGCAAAAGA